AGUCAGUAGCCGGUGUGAAUGUAACGAAAGGACGUUGGAAAGUGACGAGUCCAGUUUAACCGAAGUCAUUCUACUAUAGCCUACUCAGAUGUGGACAUGUUUUAGUGAAACAAAUAUUACACUGUGGAUAUACAGGAUUAUUGAAUUGAACUUGAAUAGAAUCAUUUAAGUUAUAGAAAACUUUUAGUUUCAAACUUUCUUAAUAGUUGGACUAUUGUUUUAAACAUCCCAAGGCACACAGGAACUGGCCAAGAGAAAGUGACUACCGAAUGCGCGCCCUUUUCAGUGUCUGGGAGUCAUUUCUGCUUGGUGUAAAUAACGGACAAGCGCGUCAUUUCACUUGCGAAUCAUAUUAGCCUAUUGAGGUCGUUUUUUUCAUCCCGGGGGACCACUCACAGAGACACAGCAUCUGUGGGACCAUGCUACAAAAUGGUAUUGGUAAGGAGAAACCUUCGGAACUGCCGAAGGCUGAGCCAGAACCAGACUUCCCAUCAGAACCUUCAACCCAGCCAGCCCCCACUGACAGCGCAGUGCGUACGGCACAGGACACGGAUUCCACGCACUUCCCCUUGCCAGAGUUCCCCAAAUUGGAGAUAAAGCGGAACGCGGUGACAGACGAUUAUAAGAUAUCUAGUCAGGUCCUUGGGUUUGGGAUCAAUGGGAAGGUUCUGGAAUGCACAAAUAAGAAGACGGGGGAGAAGUGCGCACUGAAGAUCCUCUAUGACAGUCCCAAGGCGAGGCAGGAGGUUGAGCUUCACUGGCGGGUGUCGGGGGGGCCUUACAUCGUUGGUAUUCUCAGUCUGUACGAGAACAUGCAUCAUGGGAAGAAGUGCCUGCUCAUCAUCAUGGAAUGUAUGCAAGGGGGAGAACUGUUCAGCCGGAUCCAGGCCAGAGGAGACCAAGCUUUCACUGAGAGAGAGGGCUCAGAGAUCAUGCGGGAUAUUGGCACGGCCAUCGAGUUUCUCCACAACAUGAACAUCGCACACAGAGACAUCAAGCCUGAGAACCUGCUGUACACUCAUCAGAAGAGCAACGGGACUCUCAAACUGACAGACUUUGGCUUCGCUAAGGAGACCACUCUACACAACCUCCUGCAGACCCCCUGCUACACCCCUUACUAUGUGGCUCCUGAGGUUUUGGGCCCGGAGAAAUAUGACAAGUCAUGUGACAUGUGGUCUCUGGGCGUCAUCAUGUACAUCCUGCUGUGUGGUUUCCCACCGUUCUACUCUAACACGGGCCAGGCCAUCUCUCCAGGGAUGAAACGGAGGAUCAGGAUGGGCCAGUACGAGUUCCCCAAACCUGAGUGGGCUGAGGUGUCAGAGGAAGCCAAACAGUUGAUCCAUCAGCUGCUAAAGACAGACCCCAACGACAGAAUGACCAUCACACAGUUUAUGAACCACCCCUGGAUCAAUCAGUCCAUGGUUGUUCCCUCCACACCGCUCCACACCACACGGGUCCUGACUGAGGACAGAGAGAUGUGGGACGACGUGAAGGAGGAGAUGACCAGUGCUCUGGCCACCAUGCGUGUGGACUACGACCAGGUGAAGAUCAAAGACCUGGACACCUCCAGCAACCCACUGCUCAACAAGAGACGCAAGAAGGCCGCUGCCGGGGGCAAAUUGGGAGGCAGCGUCUGCAACAGCCAGUGAAAGACUGGAGGUGGGAGGGAAGCCACAGCCAGAACAGAAAGGGAACCCCAGAGGACACACCUGGAACAGCUGGGAGGGGAAAAGGCUGUGGGAGGUCUGGGCAGAAACAUGCAGAAGAGAUUUAUCAGGGGGAGUGUGUUCAUACUUAAAUCAGCAGAGGGAGAAGAGGAGAGGCAUAAAGGAGGGAGGGGGUACUGUUAGGAAACAGCAGGGAAAUGUUAUUUGGAGAUUCUCAGCAAUCAGUCGAAUUGAAGGACACAUGAAGUGAUGACAAUGUAUGAAACACUUAUCAGCCAAGAUCAGCAGGCCUUCAUACUGUAGGCCUUCAUACGUUUUUAAUUUGAUUGUGUGUUAGUGUGUGUGUUAUUUUGAAAGGUCAUUCAGAAUCUGCUCUUUAUAAGUUCCUGUAUGUUUGUUGUGUGUGUGCCUGUGUGUUUAUGUGUGUUGUAACCAAUGUUCUCUCUAAAAAUGCUCAGCACUGAGCAAAUUUCAGGUCUGCUGAACGCAAACUUGAACGUUGUGAAAAUUCUGUGCAACUUCCAGUGUGCGUUUACUGUGAACACUUGGGCUGUACCCGCUUUCAUUUACAGUUAACAGUGGCCAAGUCAUCUACUGUGGCUAUUUGAUCAUAAUGUAGGCCUACCAGAGUGGCCUACCAUCAAAAACUAUGGAGAAAAUGCAUCCCAUAACAUUUUAACAUGGAAAUAGCUGUUCUAUCAUUCAGCCUGCAGUAGCAGCCAAUGUGUGGUGUUCAAUGUACGCCAACAUUCCAUGAGACUUUUGAAAAAAAAACACAGGGCCUGACAUUAACCUGUUUAUCCACUUGUUCUUCAGACAAGGAGGUGACUGAAAAUGUUGUGUUGUUUGAUGCAAGAAACUGCUUUACAAAAUAAAAUGCAUUAUUAUUCCCAUACCAUUAUUACAUAGAAUCAGACAAAUUAUACUAACCUCUGCCUAUUGGCUACUUAGCUUAUUCAAGCCUGUCUCAAAAUACAACACUGCCCCUUUAAGACAACAAAAGCUCUUUACCUGACUCUCUUUUCAAAGAUGUCUCGAAAUGUACACGAUUUGUGCUCUUGUAGGAAGUAAAUACUCCCCUAUUGCUUACUACAAAGCAUCUAUAACUGGGCUAAUAACCAAGCUCAGAACCACUCAUGCUGUAAACACAGUCCAGUUCAAAGUAAAUGGCACAGAUCCAUAUAUGGCAAUGUUCUAUUUGCAUAUAGGCCUACUGCAGCUCUGAUUGGUUAAGCCUAACUGGUCUGUGUAGAGCAAGGGCUGGUUGGUACAUGUCAAUGCAAUAGAAUCCUACUCCGAUGCAUUCUGCCUACAAGAAAAUCUCUUGCAUAGUUAAUUUUGUUUUGAUAUGUUGCAUUGAAAGUGGCUAAUAUUGCGUUGAUUCGAUCAAAUUUGCCACAGUAAAGGCAAAACAUUGUGUUAACAGGGAAAACUCUAGAACAGUGGUCACCAACCUUUGAGUUAAAAUCACUGAGUCAAAAUGCAAGCAGAGAUCUACCGCUUAGACUUAAAAAUUUUUUUUUUUUUACAUUACUUUAAAAAACGUAAGCCUAUGCAACAUUAACCAAUUAAAAACAGUACUGUAGCAAUGAGGUUUGUUCAGUAAGCUAUAGGCCCAAUAUAAUUUCAUUGCAUAUAGCCUUUUCUUCAAUUGCCCUGCCAAUGCAUUGUUGUUUGGGAAUUCGAGGUAGGAUACUGUAAAUGAUCACACCGGUAAUAGAUCCGUUGUUGUAUUACUUAUGUGGCACAGCUGAGUGAGCAUACAUUUAAAUAAUUUGCUUUUAUUUUAUUGGGUCGAUGGUACAUGAAUCUAUGGUCAGUCUCAGCGGAGGGAGAGAGCAGCAUCCCUCCGCUCUCCCUUUCCUCCACUGACACAGACCAAAAAGGGAAACAGUCUUCCAGCUGAUGGCGAAACCACAUUAUUUCUGCCUCAUGUACAAAUUAAUGUUGUUCCUCCUAUGAACAGAGAAAGUGAAAUAUUCCUCUAUAUUAAAAAAAAGCCUCAAGCCUCUAAUAAUAACAAAGCAAAAGUCCCCUCUCCUACCUUACCUACCCACCCACUACUUAUCUAUUCUUAAUACCACCUGGCGCACUAACCAAAAUACAGGGGGUGGUCUGCCCAGGUCUUACCUAGUGUGCAUAGACAGAGUACAUACUACGGGUAUAUGUAUGCCCGCAGGCCUCUUGCCUAAGCACUCCCAAGGUGCCUUCCCCUUCCCCCCUGGGAACAAAAACAGAAUAAUUACUAAUGUAAAGUGAACAAUUUCAAUAAUAAAAAACAUAGUCAAUUUGACAAACAUAUAUGUCUGCAGGACCAGCUACAAACUACUUCACAACAAUUAUACAGAAAACCAACGAAACACAGGACAAACCAAGAAGCUCUCUUUCCUAACAAAGGAACACUAACCCAAAACCCAAAACACAGAAACUGGGGAACUUAACAUCAAGCCUAUCGAUACACUUUCCCACUCAAUCAUUACUGCUGCAGUGCUUGUUGUAGCGCUCAGUGGAAAUAGGAAGAACACACAUUUUAUGGCUUAUAAAAGUGAUGAAUACAAAGAGUAAGAACUUCAACAUGAACUCCCUCAUAAAAACAGCAUAUCUUUGCUCUAUUCGUCGCGCUCUCAUGGUUUUAAACGUUUUGAAAUCUCACAGUAUCAACUUUGUUGUAGCUUUCUUUUAUGUCUGCUACGUUACUGCAGACAUGGUAAUCUGAGCCAUCUGAUUGGCCAGCGGUAGGCCUAUAGUGCACUUGAUUUGCUCUCUCGGCCAGCGGGAGGGCAGAGUUUGUACCUUCAGACAAAUGAAAUAGUUCAAAAUGGCAACAGUUUGCCUACCCGCCACACAGGGUAGCUGAAUCGGGUGCACUGGGCGCCAACAUCCCGGGAUGAAUAAAACAAAUAGGAACACAAGGCUUUAUCAUUGGGUUUUUUACAGAAGUGUUUGGUGACCGACUUGGAAUGUGAUUGCGAUCGACUGGUUGGUGACUAAUGCUCUAGAAAGUUGAGUGAAGUUCAAUCUCGUGCUUCUCGCUGUGGGCUAAUAUUCUUUCUGUGUGGCAGUCCUUAGGGAACUGCGCAGGAGUCUCGGGCCUACUGCGUGCCUGCUCAUAUCACAGAUCAUACACCUUCUCAACAUUUUGGUGCAUGAUGGAAAUGAUGAUAAGAAAACUAGACAGACCAACCAUGGACUGUCUGAAACCAGCACAUUCUGGUGGUGAAUUUCUACCUGAGACUUAUCUCAGGAAGAAACUUACCUCAUGCUCAAACUUUUGUUUUUUACUUCCAAGGCACGGCUCCAGUGUCUCACUGGAUCAUGGCUUCAGCGAACCUGCUCUGACUUGGGGCCAAGUUCAGGCCACUGGUACUUUUCAGCCUGCAUUUACAUAAAUGGGUUAACUCCUUCUAUGGUUAACACCUGCUUACUAAGCAACUGUCUUGAUUACGCAGACUUUGAUUCUGCUUGCUCCAAGUUUGAUUCUGCUUGCUCCAAGUUUGAUUCUGCUUGCUCCACACACUGGUGUGGGGUAAGUCUCAGGUGGAAAUGCCCCAUAAGUUAUCCAUGCUGUUUUAUUACAAUGUCUUAGUCCUUUAUUCAGGGAUUAAAACAACCUUUGAAA